GCAAACCUCUAUCGGAUCACCAGAAAAGAAUGCUUUUAAUUUAUUUACUCUUGAUGCUCAAAGAUGGUCGUUGUAAAGAUCAUCCCAUUAUUGAAACACAAACUGUAAAUGUUGGAGGACUUGUGAAGAUGACAUGCUCACGCAGGUCUGCUGGAGAAAUAAUUUGGAUGAGGAUAGAUUCUGGAAAUUCUGCUGAAAAUCUUGCGAAUACUGGGAAUAUGUAUCCUCAUAUUGAAUUUGAUAUAGGUGUUGGAAUAUGGGUGUUAAAGAUAAAGAACGCAAGUUUAAAUGAUUCUGGAAUUUAUUUCUGUCUUAGAAAGCAUCAGGGAAACAAGACAUUUAUGAAACUGACAUAUCUGACAGUUAAAGAAUCUGCUGUCACCACGGUGCCCACAUCUGUUCCACCUCAUCUCCAUGACUCAGUGACUCUCCAUUGCUCAGCUUUCCGUGCCUCUCAAAAUAAAUCAUGUCCUGAAGAUGAGAAUUUGCUCUGUUUUAGAGCCGAGUCAAUUGAGACGUUUCCAGGUUUCAACUUAAUUGACAAUGCAGAGGAAAGUGGAUUCAAAUUUAACUCUGAAGGAUGUCUCUACAGCUAUUUCAAGAAUUCCAGUUUGUCUGAUACUCAGAUGUAUCACUGUGGUGUGGCAAAGGAUGACCAGAACAUAUCUAGAGAAAAAUCAAAGCCCACCACUGAAGCAGAAAACACAGGAGAUUCAAGAAAUUACUAUACAGUUGCCUGUCUACUGAGUGCUGCUUUGGCUAUCUGUUUGGCUAUUAUGGCCUUCCUCAUAUAUUUAGUUAUAGAAAUUAAUAAACAGUUAAAAGAUUCUCGCAAUGUUGCACUGCAAGUACAUGAACCAAUCGAAGGAAAUCCAGAAAGUCAGAAGUCACAGGAGGACUUGGUUUAUUCAUCAGUUUCCACAAGAAGAAAAGCCAGCAAAAAAAGAACAGGGGCCACAGCAGCUGAAGAGCAAGAUGUCAUCUACACAGAAGUUAAUGUUCUUGGGGUCUGAAAAGCUAAUUUAUAUGUUUCUGAUUUUUAUCUAAAGACCAAAUGUAAGAUGCACUUUAUUGUUUUUUUUUUGUUUGUUUGUUUUUGAUUUUCUUUUU